AUGCUUUGUUCAUUGGGGCGAGUUCCAUCUUUAUUACUCAUAGAGAAUGAAACAAUAAUUGGUCGUUCAAAUAAAUUUUGUUGUCUAUCAAAAGAAAAAUCAAUUAGUCACAAACACUGUAUAAUAACAAGAGUUACAACACCAAAUGAAAAUUCUUCUCAUUGUUUCAUUACAGACAAUUCAAUUAAUGGGACAUUUAUCAAUAGAAAAUAUCUUGGAAAAGGAGUUCAAGACGAAAUACAUUGUUUUGAUACAUUAACACUUCUUGACCCAGGACUAAAAGAGCAUAUUUCAUAUGUGUUUAUUGACAACCAGUUUAAACAAAAAGAAAUUGAAGAAGGAGGACCUUUUGAACUUUACGAAGUCAAAGGAUAUAUUGGAGAAGGGACAUUUGGAAUUGUAAGAAGAGUCAUUGAAAAAGAAACACAAGAAGAGUAUGUAAUGAAAGAAAUAACAAGAACAAAAGGGUCAGCUGAAGAGUCUGGUAGAAGAGAAAGUGAGGUACUUAGAAAAACUAAUCAUGAAAACAUUGUCAAGAUGAAAGGGGUAUUUAAAACAAACCAGUACCUCUAUAUUAUCAUGGAAUAUGUACGUGGGGGUGAAUUACUUGAUGCAUUAAAGAAAGAAAAAAGAAUGAGUGAAACAAAGAUUAAGACUAUUAUGUAUCAAAUAUUUAGUGCAUUAAAAUAUCUUCAUGAAAAUAAUAUUAUUCAUAGAGAUUUAAAGUUAGAGAAUGUAAUGCUUUGUGGAGUCAAUUUGAAAGUUAAGUUAGCCGAUUUUGGAUUUGGUAGAAUAAUAGACCAAACACAAGCAGCAAAAACACAUAUUGGAACUACAACAUAUUUUGCUCCUGAAUUAUUUAAAGAUGGAGACUAUAAUGGAACAAAAGUUGAUAUGUGGGCAGCAGGAAUUAUGAUGUAUUUUUUAGCAACAGGAAAACAUCCUUUUGAACAAUUAGUUACUUUUGAUAAAUUAAAUUGUAAAUGGAGUGAUUUUAUGAAAAGAGUAAUUUCUGGCAAACGAGAUGAUUGUGUAGAAUUUAAGAAGUGCUCUCCUGAAUUCCAAGAUUUGGUUAAUGGUUUAUUAGAAAUGGAUCAAAAAAAAAGACUCAAUGCUCAGCAAUGCUUAUGUCAUGAAUUUUUCAUAUCAAGAAAACUAUUAAAAAUUUGUACUAAUACCAAUGAACUAGAACAAAGAAAAAUGAACUAA